AUGUCCUACCUCCCAGGUCUUCUCACCCUUCACUACACCCUCUCCAAGACGUCUACUGCCUACCCCUUUGUGGCCAUCAUCACGGCCAGCCUGCCUGCUGCUGCCGUUGCUGCCCUCCACAGCCGGCGCAUUCCCACCGUCACCGUGGAGCCCCUGCUGCCCUCUCACGCGGGCACCUACGCCAACGACCCGCGCUUCCGGGACACAUGGACCAAGCUGGCUGCCUUUGGCCUGGACCAGUUUGAGCGCAUCGUCCUACUGGACAGCGACAUGCUCAUCACGAAGAACCUGGACGAGCUGAUGGACCUCGAGCUCGAUGCGCCCCCGCGACACCAUGGCUUCGGCGGCGGGCCAGGCGUCGACGGCGAGACAGACCAGCUGCAAGUCAAAAACGAGACCACCGGCCGGCGGGUCCUGGCCGCCAGCCCGGCCUGCACCUGCAAUCCCGCCAAAAAGAAGCAUUACCCGGCCGAGUGGGUGCCGGCGAACUGCGCAUACACAUCGCAGCACGCCACGCCCGACCUCGCCCAGACCAGGGGCCCGGAGCGCGCGCCGCUCGGGGCGUUGAACAGCGGCCUCCUGGUCGUGAACCCCUCCAAGUUCUACCUCUCCCAGAUCACCACCGCCCUUGAGGACCCCGCCACGGCCGACAUGGCCUUCCCCGACCAGGACCUGCUGGCGGACCUGUACAGGGAUCGGUGGGUGGUCCUGCCGUACAUCUACAACGCGCUUAAGACGUUGCGCUGGAAGGGCGUGCAUGACACUAUCUGGAGACAGGACGAGGUGAAAGUGGUACACUACAUCUGGAGCCCCAAACCGUGGUCAGAAAGGAAUGAGGACGGGGAGUGGGCGCCCAGCGAUGAGUCGCACGCGUGGUGGCACGAAGCGAACGAGGCGAGACAUAUCGAGGAGAAGCGGCUCGGCUUGUAUGAUGGACACUGA